CAUGUGGACUCAGUCGUUAUUCUAGUGUACCCCCUUCAUUACCUGCUACAAUACUUCCAUCCUCUCGCCCUGUCCUAACCCACCUGAUGAUGAGCUACCUGGGUAUAGCCUUGGUUUUGGGGCUGCUGACGGGGGCAUGGGCCCAGUUGUUGCUGCAUAACGUGACCCGUCCUCCCUGCGACUCGCCCGACGUGGAAGCUGCAGCCCUGGUGGCCCAGGAUUACCUCAACAGCCAGCACACCCACGGCUACAAGUACACCCUGAACCAGAUCGAUGACAUCAAGAUCAUAACCAAGCCUGAUGGAACAGAGACCUACGUGAUGGAGGUGGACCUGCUGGAGACCACAUGUCAUGUUCUGGACCCCACACCUGUCGCCAACUGCACCGUCAGACCGAAAGUGGCCACAGCAGUGGAGGGAGAUUGUGAUGUGGUACUGAAAAAGGUUGGAGGAGUUAUGUCUGUCACAGCUUUCAAGUGUAAAACUGAAGAAUCAACGGAGGACCUCUGUGUGGGCUGUGCUUCACUCCUUCCCCUUAACGACACUGCAGGCCUGGCCGUGGUCUCUGCCUCGCUGGCCAACUUCAACAAGAAGACAGGCAAUGAGUCAUUGUUUGCAAUCAUGGAAGUUGGACGCAUGUCAACUCAGGUUGUAUCUGGUGGAGCCAGAUACUUAGCGGAAUACGUUAUAGUAGAGACUAACUGCACCGCUGAUGACAGUGAUGACAACUGUGUGCCGCUGACCCAUGCUAUGGCACAACGUGGCUUUUGUCAAGUUGCAGGUGUGAGUUCUUCACACUCAGUCGACUGCAGUAUAUUUGCUGCAUCUUCAAUGAUGCCCAUCGUGGACACCAAUGGCACAGUCCCGGUGCCUGCGCCAGUGGUCCACGUCCACGCUGGUAACCUCCCCAAGGUCCACGGCCUAAGGCACCACAAACUCACCGCCCUCCACGACCCCGACCUCAGCGGCCUUCUGUCUGCAGAGUCUGACGAGUCUGGCGAGUCUAACGAGUCCAUAGUGCCUGUGGUCCCCGUGAUGGUGGUCCCUGUAGGUACCGAAGCGUCCCCUGUGGUUGUAGUCGAUCCUGCUGUAGGCAUGGACGCACCUGUUGUAGCUGGGGUGGUGAAGAGGGAGGCCCCGGGACCAGUGCCAGACAGCCCAGCUAUUGUGCUGGCACCUGUGCGAGUGUGCCCAGGGAAGAAGAAAUUUUUCUGAGAAGCGUUCAGACUCUUUACUGUCGCAGUCAUCAAACUGCGUGCAGCGGCCCACUGCAUGAUCAUAGAAUGGCACAUAAGGGCUUGAGUCUACUGAGUUUUUAUUUUGCUUUUACAAGACCGUCAUCAUCAAUUGGUUAGGCAGAGAUUUACUACAUCUUUACUAAACUAUUUGUUUAGGGGGGUUGUCAUGGUUCUAAACAUGUGGGAGUUACAAGUAAGGGUUCAAAUGUAGUUAAUAAGGGUUAAUUUCCCACGCUUAAUGCGCAAUGGUUGUAUGUACUCGGAACUGCUCUGUAUCUAGGGACAAUAAAGAAUUACAUUAUU